GGAGCCAGGGGUGGAUGGAGUUCAGACACCAAAACAAAUAAAAGCUCAAACAUCAGAGUCUAUCUCGAUACAGGAGGAAUCUGCUGGAUUACUUACUGCUGCUGAAAAUCGGAGUCCAUCGGCAACAAGAAUGCUGUCUUUCCACAGGAAGAUCACAGAAGAAAGAAGAUUUAGAUAAGAAAAGUACAAGGAAGAGGAGAAAGAAAUAUUGCCAGGGUAGGAGAACAUGGACACCAGCAAAUCAGGAGACGAGGAAGUAGACGAAGGCGAGAAGUCUAUGAAACUAAGCUAAUGAUGCUUACCUAGCUGUCUCAAAUAGAUUCUUCAAGGAACGGAGUAGAGGCCACACAGAGAGUCUUCCUCUAUCCACAGUCUCCAAAGGUCUCCUCUAUUGUGAGCAAGGGAUAUAGAACUGGAUAUCACUUCCAGCCUCCCAAGAACUGGAUCAAUGAUCCAAACGGACCAAUGUACUACAACGGCAUCUACCACGAAUUCUACCAGUAUAACCCGAAUGGAUCCGUUUGGGGUAACAUAGUUUGGGGCCACUCAGUCUCAACAGAUCUCAUCAACUGGAUCCGUCUUGAACCUGCAAUAGAAGGAAAUACUCCGAGCGACAUAAACGGUUGCUGGACUGGUUCAGCCACAAUCCUGGCUGGUGAUCAACCAGUGAUCAUAUAUACUGGUGCCGACACGGAGAAGCGUCAGGUUCAAAACAUUGUGCUGCCGAAGAAUUGGUCUGACCCUUACCUGAGGGAAUGGACCAAGCCAAAAAACAACCCGCUGAUCGAACCAGUUGGACAGGGUUUGAACUCAAACCAAUUCAGAGAUCCGACAACCGGUUGGAUAGGACCAGAUGGGCUAUGGAGGAUAGCAGUUGGGGCUGAGCUGAAUGGCUACAGUGCAGCACUUUUGUACAAGAGUAAAGACUUUAUGCAAUGGACUAGAGUAGAGCACCCAUUGUAUUCUUCCAACGCAUCCACCAUGUGGGAGUGCCCGGAUUUCUUCGCUGUUUUACCUGGCAAGAACAAUGGGCUGGACCUGUCUGCGGCUAUCCCAAAUGGCGCCAAGCAUGUCCUCAAAAUGAGUCUGGAUAACUGUGACAAGUACAUGGUUGGUGUUUAUGAUUUAAAACAUGACAUGUUUGUGCCAGAUACCAUCUUGGAUGACAGACGGCUGUGGUUGAGGAUCGAUUAUGGCAAUUACUAUGCUUCAAAGUCAUUCUUCGAUUCGAGAAAAGGAAGACGGAUAAUAUGGGGCUGGACUAAUGAGACAGAUAGUACCUCAGAUGAUGUUGCAAAAGGUUGGGCUGGCAUACAUGCAAUCCCCAGGACAAUUUGGUUAGAUGGCGAUGGCAAGCGGUUGCUGCAAUGGCCAGUUGAAGAGGUUGAAUCGCUUCGAAGAAAUGAAGUCAGCCAUCAAGAGAUAGAGCUCAAGAAGGGGGAUUUGUUUGAGAUUAAUGGAACUGAUACUUUACAGGCAGAUGUCGAGAUAGAUUUUGAGCUGGCAGCCAUAGAUGCUGCUGAUCCAUUUGAUCCUUCCUGGCUUUUAGACACCGAGAAACAUUGCCGCGAAGCAGAUGCUUCAGUUCAUGGUGGAGUGGGGCCAUUUGGACUUGUUGUUCUUGCCUCUGAUAACAUGGAUGAACACACUACUGUGAACUUCAGAGUUUACAAAUCAGAGCAGAAGUAUAUGGUUCUCAUGUGCUCUGAUCUGACAAGGUCAUCGUUGAGGCCAGGACUGUACACACCAGCAUACGGAGGCUUCUUUGAAUAUGACCUUGAAAAGGAGAAGAAGAUCUCUUUGAGAACUCUGAUUGACCGUUCUGCGGUGGAGAGCUUCGGCGGCGGCGGCAGGGCCUGCAUCAUGGCCAGAGUCUACCCGGUGGCGGUGGUCGACGGAGCCACCCACAUGUACGCCUUCAACAACGGCAGCAGCACGGUGAAGGUGUCGCAGCUCAGGGCAUGGAGCAUGAGGAAAGCACAGGUGAAUGUCAAGAAGGGAUGAAGUGAUUAAUCAACAAGGAAAGAAGAGAGCAAUGCAUCAUAUACAUACAUGCUAAUUGGCCGACAAGUAAAGAGCUGAGCUGAGCUGAGCUACCUCAUGGCUUCAGAUGAUGAUUAAUUAACAACUUAAUUAACUGCUCAUUCAUCAGAACUCCUUGGUAGAAAUAAAGAAGCAAUCAAAGAUAAAGAAUUUUUAGGGAUCUGUUGGUAACAUCUAGACUAUGUGAUAUGUUUACUUGUAGAAAGGAGACGGAAAUCAAAUCAUUGUGAACAACAACUGGUUCGUAAUCUAACUGGUGACUAGAUACUCUACUUGUUCUAAUGUUGAACUGCUGAUUCGCUGUCAGUAAAUUAUCCUCUCAUCCAAAAUCGUUCCGCUUCCCUUGU